CACAUUUCUAUGGAAACGCGUAGGGGUGGGGACUGGAGAGAGGGGCCGCUGCUGAUGUGUUGUUUACAGUUACAGGUUGCAAUAUUAACUUGUAAGGUAAGUUGCUCGCAUCUACAGAUAAAGUAGCAAAAAAACUUGUGUUUGGUAAAUAAGACGCUAAAUAUCUAAAUGUAACAGUCAGACUUGAUUGCAAACAUGGUCAUAAUGCAAACUACUUGCUAGGCUAGUUUGACCGUUCAGCUAGCAUGCGCCAGGUGACAACCUGAACCUACCAGUUCCUUUCCCCACUACGCCCUUUUUGUCACAGCUAUCGCAUAGCUCUAGCUUUAUGUUUCAUGCAUCUUUGUCACCAACGUCACUCAAAUACUGUACUAGACAUCAUUGUUAACUGUCUUAAUGUUUUCUGUAUCAAAUCGCACUGUAUGCAUGGAAAUGAGUUAUGCACAUGUUUUUCCAUGCUGCAGGUAUCAUGGCAGGGACGUCACGACAUGAUCGGGAGAUGGCAGUGAACGCCAAAAAACAGUUGUCUGUGUGCACAGACCCUGUGGAAAGCCUGAGGCUGCAGUGUCUUGCAAGAGGCUCUUCUGGCAUCAAAGGCCUGGGCAGGUGAGAGAAAGACGGUAUACUUUUAUGUGAUGGACAGAGUUAAUGGUUCUAUAUCAAGUGUUGCCCAGGAGGUCAUCAACAUCAAAUGUUUGAUGCAGUAGUGAUUAACAGGCCUACUGUAUCAAAUAUUUCACUAGUCAAGCCUGUAAAGUAGUCUGAAUUAAGCUAAGGACAGCUCUUGGUUGGUUUAUAAAAUGCAAGGAAUGUUUCAGUAAUGUAAACUCCAAGAAAUACUGUCUAAUUUUCUUCAACAGCUAAGUAUUUAUAUGUUUUCUUCUUCAAUUGUUUAAUUAUCUGUCAGAACAUUCAAGAUAAUGGAUGAUGACAACAACCGUACAUUAGAUAUGAAGGAGUUUAUGAAGGGCCUUAAUGACUAUGGUGUCCUCAUCGAGAAAGAGGAAGCCAUAGCAAUGUUUCAGCGUUUUGACCGGGACAACAGUGGAUUCAUCGACUUUGAUGAAUUUCUCCUCACUCUCAGGGUAAAUAUGAGUGGUAGGGGUAAGCCUCUGACGUACAUGAUAAGACAAAUGUGAUCACACUUAUGCCAUUUGUAAACAUUGUGCAUUAUUUCUGGUUUUGCUGGUUAUGAUUACAGCCCCCGAUGUCCAAUGCCAGGAAGGAGGUGAUCAUGCAGGCCUUUAGGAAGCUGGAUAAGACUAAUGACGGGGUGAUCACUAUUGAAGAUCUGAGGGGGGUUUACAACGUUAAGUACCACCCCAAAUAUCAAAACGGGGAAUGGACAGAGGAGCAAGUAUUCCGCAAAUUCCUGGACAGCUUCGACUCUCCUUAUGACAAGGACGGACAGGUAAUACUGAUAACAUUACACAUACAGUACUUGGUCACUUUCAGGCAUCAGGGUUGUAAAAUAUGGAAAUGUUGGAUAGAUAUAAUUAUGGUCUUAGCAUCAUCCACCUAUACUGCUCAACUAACAGCCUGUACAUUAUUCAGUCAGAUAUGAAUGAGAUUAUCUGGACGCAUAUGAGACACAUUUCUUAGGCUCCUGACAUUUACUGCUUAUCUGUGAAACCAUCUUAAAUUGUUGUUAUAUUGUAUAAGCUACUGCCUUGUUCUUGUUGAUCAUCAUGUCUUAUUUCUGGAACACAUUAGGUCACACGAGGAGUUCAUUAAUUACUAUGCAGGCGUGAGUGCCUCCAUUGAUACGGAUAUCUACUUUAUUAUCAUGAUGAAAAGGGCCUGGAAACUUAACUAACGUCUUCUAGAUGUUUAGGGUAAAGACUAAAGAGCACUCAACCUUGGGAUAUGGACAGCAGAUGCCAUGGUGUUUCCUUCUGCUUAUUCUCUAUGCAGUAGUUUAGUGGGGUGUAAUGCUCUACUUUCAGUUCUUUAGUCCUGUCCUCAAGGUAUUUACACUGCUCUUAGAAUUUUGGGGCGCUUUAGGCCUAUUUCUCAAAGUUGUCAAACUGUCAAAGCUAUCAAACUGUUACAGGGCAACAUGUACAUGGUACAGUACCUAGUAGUGUAAUUCUAGUAGAACUGGUAGUUGGUGUAGCUGUGUUUCUCACUGUCAGCCAGCAGAUGUCAAGGUUUUAUUUUGUCUAGUUCUACACUGAACAAAAAUAGAAACGCAACAUGCAACACUUUCUAAGAUUUUACUGAGUUACAGUUCAUAUAAGGAAAUCAGUCAUUUGAAAUUAAUUCAUUAGGCCCUAAUCUAUGGAUUUCACAUGACUGGGAAUACAGAUAUACAUCUGUUGGUCACAGGUACCUUUAAAAAAAGGUAGGGGCGUGGAUCAGACAACCAGUCAGUAUCUGGUGCGACCACCAUUUGCCUCAUGCAGUGCGACACAUCUCCUUCGCGUAGAGUUGAUCAGGCUGUUGAUUGUGACCUUUGGAAUGUUUUCCCCACUCCUUUUCAAUGGCUGUGCAAAGUUGCUGGAUAUUGGCGGGAACUGGAACACGCUGUCGUACACGUCGAUCCAGAUCAUCCCAAACAUGCUCAAUGGGUGACAUGUCUGGUGAAUAUGCAGGCAAUGGAAGAACUGGGCCAUUUUCAGCUUCCAGGAAUUAUGUACAAGGGGCAUGGGGCCGUGCAUUAUCAUGCUGAAACAUGAUGUGAUGGCGGCGGAUGAAUGGCAUGAUAAUGGGCCUCAGGAUCUCAUGACGGUAUCUCUGUGCAUCGAAAUUUCCAUCAAUAAAAUGCAAAUGUUUUUGUUGUCAAUAGCUUAUGCCUGCCUGCCUGCCCAUACCAUAACCCCACCACCACCAUGAGGCUCUCUGUUUACAACGUUAACAUCAGCAAAACGCUCGCCCACACGAUGCCAUGCACGCUGUCGGCCAUCUUCCCGGUACAGUUGAAACCGGGAUUCAUUUGUGAAGAGCACAACUCCAGCGUGCCAGUGGCCAUCGAAGGUGAGCAUCUGCCCACUGAUGAGGACGGCAAGCAUGCAGAUGAGCUUCCCUGAGAUGAUUUCUGACAAUUUGUGCAGAAAUUCUAAGAUUGUGCAAACCCACAGUUUCAUCAGCUGUCCGGAUGGCUGGUCUCAGGCAAUCCCACAGGUGAAGAAGCCGGAUGUGGAGGUCCUGGGCUGGCGUGGUUACACGUGGUCUGCGGUUGUGAGGCCGGUUGGAUGUACUGCCAAAUUCUCUAAAACGACGUUGGAGGUAGCUUAUGGUAGAUAAAUUAACAUUCUAUUCUCUGGCAACAGCUCUGGUGGACAUUCGUGCAGUCAGCAUGCCAAUUGCACGCUCCCUCAAAACUUGAGACUUUGUGUUGUGUGACAAAACUUCACAUUUUAGAGUGGCCUUUUAUUGUCCCCAGCACCUUUUGUAAUGAUUAUGCUGUUUAAUAAGCUUCUUGAUAUGCCACACCUGUCAGGUGGAUGGAUUAUCUUGGCAAAGGAGAAAUGCUCACGAACAGGAAUGUAAACAGAUUUGUGCACAACAUUUGAGAGAAAUAAGCUUUAUAGUGUGUACGGAAACUUUCUGGGAUCUUUUAUUUCAGCCCCUGAAACAUGGGACUAACACUUUACAUGUUGCGUUUAUAUUUUUGUUUAGUGUAUAAUGCACCUUAGUGGCCAGAUUAAAUAAGCAUUUGGACGUUAGAUAAAAAUUUCUGAAUCUGCAUUGAGAAACAUGAGUAUUGAUGGAUGUAGCAAAAGAUUGACACCCUCAGCUCUCAUACAACCUUGUCUGUCCCUUUCACCUCUUUGGUGUUCCAGUUUUCAGCCUUAUCAGGGCAAUGUGGAUUUUCUGUCUAUCUGACACUGAUGGUAUAGGCUGGUUCAGUAAGCUCUGUCUGUCACUUCCUCCCCAUCUGCAGGUCACCAAGGAGGAGUUUCUGAACUACUACUGCGGAGUCAGCGCCUCCAUCGAUAGUGAUGUCUAUUUCAUUCUCAUGAUGAAAAAUGCAUGGAAAUUAUGAGUUUUAAGUUGAUACAUUUAUGGUAAUGCUUUUUAAUGGACUGUUCUUCAAGGUGCCUUCUUAAACGAAUAUUUCAUUAUGGAAAUCAUGUUGACAAACUAAUAUUUAUAAUUUCCCAAUGAUAUGCAAAUGUUAAUGAAUGACUUGUUAAUAUUUUGUGCUAUGUGAAAAUAUGUAUUUCAAUUAGUCCCUCUCUCCAGAAGCUAACUAACUACAUUUGGCUAUAUUAUGUAUUGUAGAAAACUGUAGUCCACAGUUUGACGCCUCGAUCAGACCGGCAGCGUCAUUGCAUACCAUUUUGUGUAGCUACGCAACUAUACUGAACGCAUGCAUCUACCAUACAAUUUUAUGCAUAUGUUGGAUAUAUCCAACGUAUGCACUACACAGAACGCAAUGCAACUGCUUUCCAACGCAAUGCUGCAAAGCAAAAGCAGCAUUCCUUUGGAAAUGAAUGUACUUCUGGU